CAACUAAAAUGAACAAAAACAAAUAUGAACCCAAAAAAAAAAAAAAAUGAACCUUGAUUGGGUUAGUUACACAAAAGAGAGACAGACAGAGAAAGAGGGUCUCAUCAUCUGAUUUUUCCAUUCUCUAGAUUUUGUUGCAUUGUAGAGCCAACGAACCAUGUUGUUUUAACACAUAUUAUUCAUCAUCUGUUCUGAGCUGAUUUCCAUGAAACAUGUAUACAGUUUUAGACCCAUUUGGUGUUAAAAUCACAUUUUUAAAAAAAAUGCAAAUUUGAACACCCUCAUCAGACACAGAUUUAGAAUUUGUCGAAAUUCAGACAUCAUGAAGGCAUGGGAAGCCACGGUUCGAAAGACACAAGCAGCCGCCAAAAAGCGAGCCCACAGCAUCUUCGGUACAACCUACGUAGCCCAUGCAGACGACGACGAUGACAUCACCAUCGAAAAACUCGAUGACGACAACAAUGCCAGCGGACGAGGAACCGGAGAGGUGUACCAUGCAGACAGAGUCCUCUCCAAUGGCGAUUACUACACGGGCCAUUGGUCCGAUAACUUCCCUCACGGGCUUGGAAAGUACCUCUGGACUGACGGUUGUAUGUACGUAGGAGAUUGGUUUAGAGGCAAAACAAUGGGUAAAGGUAGGUUCAGUUGGCCUUCCGGGGCUACCUACGAAGGCGAAUUCAAAAGCGGGUAUAUGGACGGUAAAGGCACGUAUACUGGGUCCAAUGGUGAUACGUAUCGUGGUUUUUGGGUUAUGAACUUGAAACAUGGUCAUGGAAUUAAGAAUUAUACGAAUGGAGAUUGCUACGAUGGCGAAUGGUGCCGGGGAUUGCAAGAGGGGCAUGGGAGGUAUCAAUGGAGUAGUGGGAAUUAUUAUGUAGGAGAGUGGGAAAAUGGGAUAAUUUAUGGGAAAGGGACAUUUAUUUGGACAAAUGGGAAUAGGUAUGAUGGGUAUUGGGAAGAUGGAUUGCCUAAAGGAAAUGGAACAUUUAGAUGGGCAGAUGGGAGUUUUUACGUGGGGAAUUGGAGCAAAGAUCCUAAAGACCAAAAUGGGACUUAUUAUCCGUCCGGGACGUCGCCGGAGGGGAACUUUGAGUGGGAUCCACAAGAGGUUUUUAAUGUUGAUUUGAGUGAUUGUAAGGUUUGUCCUAAUGAGAAGGUUUCGUUAAUGCCAUCGCAAAAAAAGUUAGCGGUGUGGAGGUCGUCAAAGGCAGUGGAUGCUAAUAUUAGGCCAAGGAGGAUGUCGGUGGAUGGGAGGUUGGAUGCCGGGGUGGAUAAGGAUUUGAGUAGGAUGAGGAUGUUGGAGGGUGGAAGUGGUGGUGGUGGGGGAUCUUGGGAAGGUUUUGAUAAGAGUUUGGUGGCGGCCGCGGGAGGGAGAGAGAUGGUGGAGAAUGGGAUGGGGGGGUUGCAAAUUGAAGAUUGGAGUGCUAGAGGGAGUCCACUUAGGAUACCAAGGGCAGUGAAGAGACAAGGAGAGACAAUUUCUAAAGGGCAUAAGAACUAUGAGCUAAUGCUCAAUUUGCAGUUGGGAAUCAGGCAUUCUGUGGGAAGGCCCGGUCCGGCUGCAACACUCGAUUUAAAGGCUUCAGCAUUUGAUCCAAAGGAGAAGGUGUGGACUAGAUUUCCUCCAGAGGGAUCCAAACACACUCCCCCACACCAGUCCUGUGAAUUUAGGUGGAAGGAUUAUUGCCCAUUAGUUUUCAGGACUCUAAGGAAGUUGUUCAAGGUAGAUGCAGCUGACUACAUGUUAUCAAUUUGUGGGAAUGAUGCCCUUAGAGAACUCUCGUCUCCUGGGAAAAGUGGGAGCUUUUUUUACUUGACCAACGAUGAUCGUUACAUGAUCAAAACCAUGAAGAAAGCAGAAGCGAAGGUUCUUUUAAGGAUGCUUUCAGCCUACUACAAUCAUGUUCGGGCCUUUGAGAACACUCUGGUGGCCAAAUUUUAUGGGUUGCACUGUGUGAAGUUGAAUGGUCCUGCUCAGAAGAAGGUACGGUUUAUCAUCAUGGGGAAUCUGUUCUGUUCAGAAUACACAAUUCACAGACGAUUUGACUUGAAAGGGUCUUCCCUUGGCCGCAUGACAGACAAGCCUGAAGCAGAGAUUGAUGCAACCACCAUUCUUAAAGACCUUGAUCUCAACUUCAUCUUCCGACUCCAAAAGACUUGGUUUCAAGAAUUCCGAAGGCAAAUCGACAGGGACUGUGAGUUUCUGGAACAGGAAAGAAUCAUGGACUACAGCCUUCUAGUUGGCCUUCACUUCAUAGAUACAACUACAGCUGGCAGUCUCAUUCCCUCUGGAGCUCGAACACCUAUCGCAGAUAUCGAUGACCUAGAGACUGAAUCAUCAGCUCCCCGGCUUUCAAGAGUAGAUGUGGAUCAACUUCUUUUAGAUCCAGCAGGGUGGGCUAGUAUAAGGCUAGGAGUGAACAUGCCCGCAAGAGUUGAAAGAACUGAGAGAAAGAACGACUGUGAAUUUCAGCUAGUAGGAGAACCAACAGGCGAGUACUAUGAUGUAGUUAUGUUCUUUGGCAUCAUCGACAUAUUACAAGACUAUGACAUUACGAAGAAGCUUGAGCAUGCCUACAAGUCUAUCCAAUAUGACCCAACCUCAAUAUCAGCAGUUGAUCCAAAACAAUACUCAAAGCGCUUUCGUGAUUUCAUUUUCAAAACUUUUGAGGAAGACAGCACUUAAAAGGGAUGAUAACCUGCAAGCCUCCAGGACACAUUUUUUCGUGUUUGACAGCAUUGUCUUUAGCUGCUGCCAGAGGAAGCUUAUUGCCUGUAUAUUGGAAAAUCAUACUUGCCAAACAGGACUUAUCUUCUUCCUCUAUAUUCUUUUUAAUUGCUUAAUAUCUCUACUAUAGAUGCAUAGGUCAGAUUGUUGGUAAAGGUAUAGAGAAAAAAUGUAACCAGGAGCACUGUGACCAUGUUCCAAUUGUAAAAGGUGUAAUUUUUACAACAUUCAACGACUGGGUUAAAUUGUUUUUUGAAGGAUGAAUUAAAAUUCUGGUUUGUCCCCUUUUUAGUGUGCAGAUGUUUUUGUCUAGGACAUUCUUAGGUAGUGUUUGGUUUUC